AUGCUGAGGCUCGUGACGACCGUGUCGCGACCCAGUGCAGCGAGCUUGGUUGGAAAGGUUGGAGGAGCUAAGGCUAAUAGCCGUCGCUCGCUGUCAUCGACAUCCUCAAGGCAGGCCGACAUCACUCUGACUGUCGACGGAAAGGAAGUGACGGUCCCCCAAGGUUCUGCGUUGAUCCAAGCUUGUGAAGCCGCAGGGGCAACAAUACCACGGUUUUGUUAUCAUGACAGGCUCGCGAUCGCUGGAAACUGUCGCAUGUGUUUAGUUGAAGUUGAAAGGUCACCGAAACCAGUAGCCUCCUGUGCAAUGCCCGCAAUGCCAGGUUCGAAAGUAUGGACGAAUAGCCCAUUAGUGCACGAAGCUCGCGAAGGAGUGAUGGAGUUCCUGCUGUCGAAUCAUCCACUGGACUGUCCUAUUUGUGACCAAGGAGGAGAAUGCGACCUACAGGAUCAGUCUAUGCGCUACGGCUCCGAUCGUACUCGCUUCCAUGAAAUCGCAGGAAAACGAGCAGUGGAGAAUAAGGAUUUAGGUCCCCUCGUCAAGACCUCGAUGAACCGUUGCAUCCAGUGUACUCGUUGUGUACGUUUCGCCAACGAGGUUGCCGGCGUUGAGGAGCUUGGUACUACAGGACGCGGGAACGAUCUCCAAAUCGGGAUGUACGUAGAGAAAACCAUGGAUUCUGAACUUUCUGGAAAUGUUGUCGAUCUUUGCCCCGUCGGCGCAUUGACGAGCAAACCAUACGCGUUUACAGCUAGGCCCUGGGAACUGAAGAAUACGGAGUCUGUCGAUGUCCUUGAUGCACUUGGUUCAAAUAUCCGCAUCGAUUCGCGCGGUGUUCAGGUGAUGCGUAUACAACCCAAGACCAACGAUGAUGUAAACGAGGAAUGGAUCAGUGACAAGACGCGUUAUUCGUACGAUGGCCUUCGUUUCCAACGCCUCACUUCACCGCUCGUUAAACAGGGUGACAGAUUCGUCGGUGCGACAUGGGAAGAGGCGUUGACAGCAAUUGCCAACGGCCUCGCCGCGUCUGGCGCAAAAGAUAAUGAGAUUCAAGCUGUCGCUGGGCAUCUGGCUGACACUGAAUCGCUCGUGGCGCUCAAGGAUUUGAUCAACCGACUCGGCUCAGACAACCUUGCGCUUGACCAAGCCGGAGGAUACUCCGCGCCUGUGCAUGGUAUCGACGUUCGUUCAAAUUAUCUCUUCAACUCCACAAUACCGGGCGUCGAGGAGGCCGAUGUCAUCCUGCUUGUUGGAACUAAUCCUCGUCAUGAAGCCGCAGUCCUGAACUCGCGCAUACGUAAGUCCUGGCUGCACACAGGACUUGAGGUUGGUUUAAUCGGUGAACAAGUGGAUACUACGUAUGGCUACGACUACCUCGGCGCUGACGCCAAGGCUCUGUCUGAUUUCAUUGCUGGCAAAGGCGAAUUUGCGAAGAAAUUCAAAGCUGCGAAGAAACCUCUGAUCAUCGUUGGUAGUGCACUUGCUGAGCAUGCAGACGGUGCUACCGCUUUCAAUGAACUCUCGCGCUUCGUGGAGUUGAACAAGGAGACAUUGGUAACGCCGGAGUGGAAUGGCUUCAGCGUUCUCCAGCGUAUCGCUUCUCGGCCUGCAGCGUAUGACAUUGGAUUUGUCCCUUCCCCUACCGCUUCGAAAACUAAAGCAAAAUUCAUUUACCUUCUCAAUGCGGACGAAAUUGAUCCCUCAAGGAUACCUCAGGACGCUUUUGUAGUGUAUCAAGGACAUCACGGAGACAUCGGAGCUCAACUUGCUGACGUCUGUCUGCCUGGUGCGGCAUAUACGGAGAAGAGUUCGACGUGGAUAAAUACGGAGGGUAGGACUCAGUUGGGAAGGGCUGCUGUUCCGCCACCUGGCGCAAGUCGGGAAGACUGGAAAAUCAUACGUGCUUUAUCCGAGAUUGUUGGUUCCCCUCUUCCCUACGACGAUGUACUCUCCCUUCGAGACCGGAUGUGGGAAAUUUCACCUUCAUUGGUUAGAUAUGAUGUUUUAGAACGCACAUCGGCUGAAAUUGCACUCGCUGGACUACAAGCCCUGGCAAAGAAGACGAGUGGUGUCAAGAUUCAAGGCGGUGCUUUCAAGAGGCCAAUUACAAACUUUUACCAGACGGAUGUUAUCUCGAGAAACUCUGUCACCAUGGCGCAAUGUACGCGUUCAUUCGUCAAGGGAGAGAACUAUGGGUUCAGCGAAGGUAGUAAGGCAGAGGCAGCCUUCGCGUGA